UCCCCCCCUCUCUCUCUCUCUCUCUUUCUCUCUCCGCUUCGAUAUUCCUAUAUCUUGCGGUCUCCUCUGCCGCUACGAUCAAACCCAUCUAACGGUCGACAAUGCACGCAGCUCCCCCCGCCGCCGCCGCCGCGCUCUAGGGCCGGGAGCCUCCGGAUCUGGUCUCUCCGCCCUCGGAUCUCGCCUCCGCGGUUGGGUGGUGUUUCCAAUAAUUGUCGAAGAGCGGGGAAAAAAGAGGGGAGGCGCACGAAUGGGGACCGAGGUCGGGGCUGCUGCUGCUGCUGCUUCGCUUGUUGUGGGGCUCGGGGCGACCCUCGCCCGCAUCGCGCUAACGUGCGCCGGGGAGGCGCUCGUUAGCCUCGUCGUGGUCAACCUGGUCAAGGGCCAGCUUUUCGGGGCUCCUCAGAUUGAAAAACAGAAGGAGAACGGAGUUAAUGAUGACCAAAGCCACACCCAAGCCAAGCCAGUCGAUGCCGGGGAAGAUGAUGAUGACAAUGGCGGCGACGAUGAUGACGAUGGGGAUGGCGGGUUUGGGGAAGGUGAAGAGGAAGUUUCGUCUGAAGGCGGAGAGGAGUACAGUAAAACCCCUAACAGCAAUAAUGGUAGCUCGAAGAAGGGAGCGGGAAGCGGGACCGGUGGGGGUGAAGAGAAUGGGGAAGAGGAGGAUGAUGAAGAUGGCGAAAACCCAGAAGGAGAUGAUGACGACGACGACGACGACGAUGAUGAAGAUGAGGAUGGCCGAGAGGACGAAGAGGAGGAAGAAGUUGUCGAGGAAGAAGAGAACGAAGAAGAAGACGAAGACGAAGAUGAAGAUGAGGAGGCCCUCCAGCCACCAAAGAAGAGGAAGAAGUGAGUAUUCGUGAGAA